AUGAUUAAUCAACGUUCUUAAGGUCCUCUAAGGGGUUAACACUUUAGAUAGGCUAACUUAACAUAAAUAGGAACUAAAAUAAUUGAUCAAAAAAGUGAAUCAAUUUAUGUAGAUUCUGAGGUUUCCUUAAAAAAGCGUAAAAGCAAAAGCCCACUAGAAGUAACGAGAGGAUUAUACAAAUCAUAAACUUAUAAGGAGAUUUGUCCAUAAGACUCGUUUAAGGAGCCUGAUAGAUUUGAUUCUCCUUUAGAUUAAUCUUUGAAUUAACCUUUAAAAAUCACAUUUAAAGUUUCUGGGGCGGUCCUUAGAUUUAAUGCUCAUCAAGUGAUUAGAAUAUUUAUUCAAAAACUGUUGUAUUAUUUGAGGGUCUAAAGACAACAUUAAAGUAAGAUGAAAUGCUUUGAAAAGAUUAUUGAGGAUAAAGGUAGUAACACACAGAUCGAAGAGCAAGAGAUUAAGAAAUCAUAUAAUUGGAGCCUACUUAAGAAAGACUCCUAUGAAAAAAUGCUAUUAAAUUUGAUUUUAAUAAUGAUUCUAUUGGCAUAUUGUGUCGUAGCCCCUAUUUUCAAUAUGAGAUUUGAGCCUAUUCUGAUAUUUAGUAAGAGAUUUUAUUAAAAUUAGUCUUUAUUUAUUCAUCCUACAAAGUGGUUGAUUAUAAAUAAUGGAAUACUCUUGAUAUUUUGAUAAUUGGAAUAAAUGUAGGUAGUUUAUUCAACAAAGUAUUUCUAUUUAUGAAUAUUAUAAAUAUGAUAAAAGUGUAUUAGAUUAUGUAAAGUUUAAAUGUAUUGACUUCAAAAAAGCUUUUAAGAUUCAUCAAUUCAAUAUUGAUAGUUGUAAUUCAUCUAAAUAAUAGUGUCCAUUUUUGGUAAUUCUAAUUAGAGAAUGAAUAAACUUACGAUAUUUUAUUAGGAUAAUAGAUAUAAUUAUUUUUUAAUUUGGAACUACAAACACAUGAAGAUUAAAAUAUAUACUAUGUUUCUUUAAAUAGAAUUAUGAGUCUCUUGAUUUUGUUAUACUUUACAUAGCAAUUCUUUACGUACAUGAAAAUAUCAGAUGAAAUGAUAAAAAAAGAAGAGUUUUUUGAACUAUUACUUAGCAAAAACACUAUGAAUAAAUAGCCUUUUAGAAAUUAACAUUAAGUUAGGUAAUUAUUGUGGUCUGAAGUGGAAAAUCAGAAAUAUUAAGAAUCCUAUUUAAGUUAGAUUGACUUCAAUUUACCAAAAGAAUUGAGAAAAUCUCUUAAUAUUCAUAGUUAUUUGGAUAUCAUUUAAAAGUCUAAAUUUAUAAAACAAAAAUUCACUGAAUCUUUUUAGAAGAAUCUAUCUGAAUUUGUAAAGGAAUAAACAAUAGAAGAAGGGGAAAUCAUACAAUAACAAAACUAAAGAGUAAAUAAAUUAAUAUUCAUAAUGGAAGGUGAAGUCACCUUACAAAUUAAUCAAAAGAGAGUAUAAGUAUUGAAAAAAUUAAACAUAGUGAAUUAAUAUGAAUUUUUUGCUUGUUUGUCUUCUCCUUGUGAAAUAACUACCUAAUAAAGAUGUAAGAUAUUAAUAAUAGAUUAUGAAUCAUUUAAUGAUUUGAUUUCCAUGCAUGAGGAAGAUUUUUAAAAAUAUAAAAUGUGGUUAGACAAAAUGUAAGUGUAACAAAGACGUUGUGUUUACAAAGUAAAAGAUCAUUAUAUGCUAGAUUUGCUACAUCUGCAUGGAUAAUCAUGUGACUUCAAUGUGCACUGGAGUAUCUUACCAGCCUAAUUAUAUGAAAAUAAUAUCAAACAGUACCUACGCAUAACCAAGUUCUAGAAUUAAAUUUAGAAGAUUUGAAAGGAAACGAACGUCAUCAUUAGUUUAGCAGAAUUUGGUAAGUAUAACAGCGUUGAAUUGGGCAUAACAAUUUAAUUUGAUAUCUAAAAAUACAGAACUUAUCGACUAAUUCCUAGGUAAAUAAGAGGGGGAUGAUGAAUUUCAGCUAUUCGCAAAUGAUGAUGAUCACACUUCCAAACAUCAAACACAAACUUAUACUCAUUAAUAAAGUGUAAGGUCACCCAAAACAAAUAAAACAGGAAUUACUGGGAGAGAGAGAGAAAGGGUUUAUACGGAUUCAAAUAUCAACAGGACUUUGACUAUUAGAACCUUAAAAGCAUCUGAAAAUAAUACUUCGAGAUUAAAACAGAAUAAUAAUAAUGACUCAAUUGUAAUAAGUAAUUCCCCUUCGCCAAUCUAAUAAUAGAAUAAAACUACUUUAAUGUUAUUCACAAAAGAAUAAAUUAAGAGAUAAUCCAAUAUGGGUAGCAGUUUUACCAUCGAGAGAGCUUUAGAUAAAAAAUCAUCUAUACAUUCUUAAAAGCAACUUCCUCAAUCAACUAGUAUAUUGCAAAGUAAGGAGGUUAUACAAUAAUUGCAGAGUAAUAUCGGAAGUCCACAUAUGUACACCACAUCAGUAAGGAUGAAUUAAAAUGAUGUCAGUUUGAAUUUAAGGAGAUCCGAUUCACAACCAAUUGUAUGAUAUUUGCAUAUAUAGAUAGUUAUCUGAAUUGAUUGCUUCUGCGAGAUAAUUGAUUUUGAUAAAAGAAUUCGAGAAUAUGUAAAUUUUUGAAUGGUACUUUCCAAAUCAUAAUUUUAAUAAGGUUAUUGAGAGAUUUUAAAAUUAUCUAAGUAAACAAUUCAAUAAUAGAUGA